AUGUUGCCUUUCGGAGCUCGCAUGGGAAAUCUGCGCCGGUCCCGUGGCCAACUCUCUACAAAUACGAACAGCACAGAUUCUGAUGGGUCGGAGGAGGGUAUCCCAGAUCCAGGACCUCAAUUGUUUAAUCCCACCUUGGUGGAUGUACUCGAUGUUCGGCUUUUUUUGCAAUGGAAGGUCUCGCGUGGUCUUCCCGAGGAGCUCAUCGAUAUGAUCAUUGAUGCUGCGGAAUAUUGGCCUUCAAUAGAGCAGAAAAUGCAAGACCAGCGGGUCAUUCAGAAAGACUGUGAUCAAGUUUUGCUGAAGACAGUUCCCCUCUGCUAUGAUCGGAGUAGCUUAGAGCAUGAGCCGAGUCCUACUCCCUUACCCCAUCGCGGGACACACCCUUGUCGCAAGAUAGUCUUCAAUAUCUCAUCUCAUGACCAAGGCGGCAGGCGACGACGCGAAAACAUGUAUGAUUUUUCAUGGACUUGGUUUGACGUCGAAGUUAUUCACGGCGCCCAUACAAUGAACAUGUAUGUCAACGGAAUGGAACAAGAGAUUCUCGACAAUGAGCGUGGACAAGUUCGAAAACACUAUACCGAGGCAGAUGCGCUGCUGAGGCCGCGUGACAACAGGUUGCAGGUUAAUGGAGCCCACGUGAGCGACAUGCAGCACAAUAAGAUUGUUUGGGAUCAUCGAGACGAUGUACAGGCAGACUCGCCUGGGGCAUUUGAGAUUGAGAAGACUUUGGGCCGCGGCCGGCUUACUCUUGAUGGACGUGUAGUGCGUGAGUUAGAGGUUGGCGAUUCGAUUGCCAUUUGGGCCCGGGCAAGGUUUCCUGGCUGGUCCAAUCACGUCCAUCAAGCAAGCGUGAGGAUAUACUGGGCUGUCUGA